GCCCCCUCGCGAGGCCCCGCCCAUCGCCGGCGGGCUCCAGGCGCGGCGCGGGGCGGUUCUCAGUCGCGCUCAGGGCGGGUGAGGGGAGCGGAGCGGCGUCGCCGUCCCGGCUGUGGCAGCGGCGGGCGAGGCGGGGCAGGGGCUGCAGCAGCGAGAGCAAUGGCGCUGUCCGUGCCGGUCAACGGGCUGAAGGAAAGCGACAAGGAGCCCGUCAUCGAGCUCUUCGUCAAGGCUGGCAGUGAUGGUGAGAGCAUAGGAAACUGCCCCUUCUCCCAGAGGCUCUUCAUGAUCCUGUGGCUGAAGGGAGUCGUGUUCAGUGUCACAACAGUGGACCUGAAAAGGAAACCAGCAGACCUUCAGAAUCUGGCUCCAGGCACUCACCCCCCCUUCAUCACAUACAAUGGGGAAGUGAGAACAGAUGUGAACAAGAUUGAAGAGUUCCUGGAAGAUGUUCUGGCCCCACCCAAGUACCUGAAACUCUCACCAAAGCACCCAGAAUCCAACACUGCUGGAAUGGAUAUAUUUGCCAAAUUUUCUGCUUUUAUCAAGAACUCUAGACCAGAAGCUAAUGAAGCCUUAGAACGUGGCCUGUUGAAAACCCUGCAGAAGCUGGACGAGUACCUGAACUCGCCCCUGCCCGAUGAGAUCGAUGAGAACAGCCUGGAGGACGUCACCGUCUCCACACGCAAAUUCCUGGAUGGCAACGAGAUGACCUUGGCCGACUGCAACCUGCUGCCCAAACUGCACAUUGUCAAGGUGGUGGCCAAAAAAUACCGCAACUUUGAGAUUCCCAAGGAGAUGACAGGGAUCUGGAGAUACCUGACAAAUGCUUACAGCAGGGAUGAGUUCACCAACACCUGUCCUGGAGACAAGGAGAUUGAAAUAGCUUACAGUGAUGUAGCCAAGAGACUCACCAAGUAACCAGCACCUGCAGAGGAUCAGGUUAUAUCCCAUAACAAUGCUUCUAACAGACUGCUCUUUUCAUAUCAAUAGCAAUUGGUUUUUGCAUGAACUCGCAGUUACUCCAAGCCACGUGGAUAGACCAGGUACAGUAAUUACCUAAAGUUUGCAGACUUUAAUUACAGGCUUGUUUUUCCUGACCUCCUCUCCCAGCCUCUGAGCAUGGUGGAUGCAGUCGUGUUCCUGUUGCACUGGGGUGACCCUGGAUUCUUCAUUCUGAAGGGUUGGCUCGCCCCUGCUGCUUCUCUCUGUAAACAUCUGGUCCAUGAUUUGUCCAGGAAUUGGUUUAGGAUCCUGUCUCACUGUAUGGUACAAGGAAUAUUUAUGUAUUUUGGAAUUUAUUGCUUUUCCAGAAGAUCUGUACACACCUGUCAUACCUGUGACACGUUGAACUGUACCUGCUUGUCUAUCCUAUUUACAUAGAGAAGGGAACUUAGUAUCCAAAAGAGCCAUUUGCAAAAUAUUUGGCAAUGUUUUGUUGGUUUGUUUUGUUGUAUUUUUAUAAAAUCUCUUGGAUUUGAAGUCA